UAGUGCAAGAGAAGGGUGCUGUACCACAAUGAUCGGAAGAUUGGCUGCUUUGAUUCUUGUGUCUCUGACUCAAACUGCAGAGGUUCCUCAUCUGAUCUCUCUAACUGUGGUUGAAGUUGGUGACAAUGCCACUUUCACAUGUCCAGUCUCUGACAUGGAAAACAAAUUCAUGCAUUGGUAUAAGCAGCCUCUUGGACAAAUGGUCCAAACUGUUGCUGCAGUAAUAAUUAGUACAAUAACAGUCACUGAACAAUUUAAAAACUCACGUUUCACAGUAACAAAAGGAGAUGAUCAGUAUCUUCUUACCAUUAGAAAUGUCAACAAAGUGGAUGAAGCAACGUACUUCUGUCAAAGUGGAACAUUGUAUUCACAGACUGUCAGCAAUGGCACAUUCUUGGCUGUGAACGGUCGUAAUGAGCAGAAACAUGUCUACGUGCAUCAAAGUCCAGAGACAGCAUCAGUUCAGCUGGGAGCCUCAAUGACUCUCCAGUGUUCACUUCUCUACAAAAACAAAGAGAGCAGAGCCCAGUGUCCAGGUGAACACAGUGUGCACUGGUUCAGAGCUGGAUCAGGAGGAUUUCAUCCAGGCAUCAUUUACACUCACAGCUACAGGAGUGAUGAACAAGAGGAAAGGAGCUGUGUCUACAGUUUGUCCAAAACUAUACAGAACUCCUAUGAUGCUGGGACAUACUACUGUGCUGUGGUCACAUGUGGAGAGAUCCUGUUUGGUGAAGGAACCAAAGUGGAGACAAGAUCAGAGCUGGAGCCAGUCGUCCUUGUUCUUGGAGGACUGUUGGUCUGCUGCGUGGCUGUGGUUGGCAUCCUUAUUUACUGCUUAAAUCAAAGGACAGUUUGCGAACAUUGUAAAGGAGCAAUGAGUUUUUCCCAUCAUCGUGGAGGAGAGGCAGUGAACUUUGCAGCACUGGAUUUCUCUGCAAGAAGAGUGAAAAGAGGAAGGAAGAAGAGAGAGUCACCACAAGAGUGUGUGUACUCUGUUACAUAUUACCACAAGCAGCAAAACCCCUCUCUAUAGGCAGAGCAACUCCCUAUAGAGGCUCUCACCUUAGGGUGGGGGUUCACCUGUCAACAGUAGUUUUUAUUGAAAAGAUCCACACUGAAGGCUACUGAAUUUUGCUUUUAAAAAAUGUUCACAUGGAACAGAUGCAACACGCUUCUAGAAAACUACACAUGGCAAGUAAUCCUGUUAAAUCCCUCUGAAGCUGUCAAAGUCCAAAACUUGAUAAACUACUGUUUAUGUAAGUGA